AUGCUGCGCAGUGAUGGUUAAGUGUUCCUGUGUAACGAUGUCCGGCAGUCGAUUGCUUUUUAAAUAAAUACCUGUGUACAGAUCCAAUCAUCUGAACAGAUUCUUCGACGAUUCGUCCCGUUUCGUUACUGUUUUUCUUUCUUCUUUUACUUUCCUCUUUUACUUUCUUCUUGUUUCUCUUCUUCUUUCUUUUACGCUUCAUCAACGACUUCGGCUUCAACGAUCGUUGUUGAAACAGUCAACAGGCCAAAAUUAAUCGAUAAUCCGAUAUUGCUUGCAGUUGAUCAUCGCUAGACAAAUUGUAAAAAUUCGACGACUCUUCUCUCACCUGACGAUGACGAGUCUCUAAAGGAUGUUUUACGAGCCUUUCAGCGAAGAACAUGCGACCGAUUGUUGAAGUAGACGUUGCGCUAACGCAAAUGGAAACGGAAACGAAAAAACGCAAAAAUUCAAACAGAAAUCUGUGAAAUACAACAUGUGUUCUUUCUCUCAUAUGCCUUUAAACAUUGUUACGGUUUCGCGUGUAAGCGCAGUCGCAUGUAAAGACACGUGGUAUUUUUUUUGUUUCAGAUUUCACGUACACGGGCGGGAAAGGGAUCGGCGAACGCAUGGAAUUGCUCGACGUGGCCGACGCUUACGUGAUAAGCACGCGGAUUAAUUUUGAAAGCGAAAGUACGAAAACGUACACGGGCAACCGCGUCAUAAUCAAAGAUGCUUGCGAGAAUGAAAACGAAGACGACGACGAGAGUGAGGGCAUCGAGUGUGCGGCAGCUGGCUUCAAAGAAGAUAAGCAACAAUAUAAAUAUUCUUGUACGAGGUGUUUGAAAAGUUACAAGAGAAAAGGUCAUCUGAUGGAGCAUCAGAAAAUAUUUUGUGGCAAGGACAAGCAGCAGUGUUGUCCAUAUUGUGUUUUUCGUACAUACAAGAAGUCGAAUUUGAAGAAGCACGUGAACUGAUCCUUUGGGAGGACUAUCAGGUAUUCGAGCCUACGACGGUAACCGAAGCAAGCGAGUUUCACUCGGAAAGUUGCUCGUACGAAGCUAAUUAUUUCGGGUCUGAUCGUAAAUCUGGCCGGAUAUUCAGAAACAAAAGCACGGAUCCCCUCGGUGGCAGAUAUAAGUGCUCGAAAUGUUCGAAAUCGUAUCGUUGGAAGCAUCAUUUGGUGGAACACGUGAAAGCGUCUUGUGGCCAAAAGAAGGCCGAAUGUUGCCCUUACUGUAGGCGAAGGUGUUACACCAGAAGAUCCAGUUCCUCUGGAAAGUUCGUGAGAUCUGAAAUUGAUAUUGAACGUGUCAAGUCAGCUAUUGAAGCGGUGGACAGCGGGUUGUCGUUGAGGAAAGCAGCGGAAAUGUUCUCUAUAUCCAAGUCUGUUCUUCAUCGUUACAGUAAACUGGGAAUUCUGGGUGUGAUGGCGAAAUAUAUGCGAAAUGGUCCGAAUUCAGUCGCGUACGCUGGGCUACCUUAACUGCCAGAAAGUCACCUAUCCGUGCAAGAACUGCGGCAAGGUAUACAAUUACUACUCCAGCCUGGCGAGACAUUUGAAGCAUGAAUGUGGCGUGGAACCAAAAUUCCACUGUCCCCUCUGCCCUUACAGAACGAAGCACAAAUCCAGCUUGAACACUCACUUGAAUGGCAGACAUAUGAAACUUUUGAGCGAAUUCUACACGAUGCCAAAUGGGAAUAAGUUAUCGUCCUCUAUGAACGCUGGAAAUUAA